ACCGCCACUUGCACACAGCACCGAAGGAAGCACGCACUCGAGCACCGUGAUACCUACGUAGUACUACAACCGAACAAUUUACUCGGAUGGCGAGUGGUGGCGGCAAGGCGACGGCCUCGUCGUGGGCGGCGGCGAUGAGCGUGGGCGCGGGCACGGUUGAGGCGCUCAAGGACCGGCAUGCCGGGCUGUGCCGCUGGAACCAACACGCGCCCCCGUUCGUGUUCCAGCAGCGCGCCGGCACCUCGGCCGCCUGCGGCAAGGGCAAGGCGGCGACCACUGCCGGUGGGGCGGCGAUGAGGAGGAAGGCGAGGCAGGAGCAGGAAGAGGAGCUUCGGACGGUGAUGUACCUCAGCAACUGGGGACCCAACAACUAACUGUAGCGGAUUAGUCAUUACUUACAUACUAGAGUCCUCUAGAUCUUCUUGGAUGGCUAGCUGCACCAUUUCCUCUGGCUGGAUGAUGUGAGCUCAGCAUGCACAUUCAGUCUCGAGCUAGUGUAAGACACCUUAUAUACUUCCAUGACCCGGAAGGUUUCAGAAACAGAGAUUGACAUCGCUUCCGGGCGGCCUCCUCAAUGCUUAGCGGCAAUCUGCAAACUGUCGCUCUGAAUUUACAGCGUUGAGCAUACAGAUUUUCCUACA